GGGAAAUUCUUGGGCACGUCCGGCGCUCGCGAGUGCGAAGACUGCUCAAAAGGCACGUACGCCAACUCACCGGGCCAGACGAGCUGCAGGCCUGCCUCCGCGGGACAUUUCGUCGGGAAGUCCGGCGCGACGACGCAGAAGAAAUGUGACGCGGGCGCUUACUCGAGUGGCGCGGGCAACGACGCCUGCGAGCCCUGCGAGCCGGGAAAGUUCUCCUCUAAAACGGCGACGGCUGAUUGUAGCCUCGCGGCGAGAGGCCACUUCGUCGCCGGCGAGGGCGCCACGGCCACUGCGGCC